CCCUCGCCGUCGCCUCCCCCACCCGGCGGCCAUGGACGACCCGCAAGUGAUCCUCGGCGUCUCCAGGAGCCAAGUGUGCGCCAGAAUGGAGCGCAACUGCGUGUACGCCUACAUCCCGGACCCGCCCGUCUCCCCCGCCGCCACCCUCUCGCUAUCUGGCGUCCCCGACGGCGUCGACCGCAUCAGUCGCCUCCCCGAAAGGGUCCUCCGCGACGUCGUCUCCCGCCUCCCCGCCAAGGACGCCGCGCGCACCGCCGCCCUCGCCUCGCGCUGGCGCCCCUCUCUCUUGUCGACAGCCAUCUGCUCCCGGACGGCGACGCGUCCGGGCCGUUCAUCAUCGGCGCUCCCUCUCCCCGCGCCGUCACCGCCGCGGUGUCCAGCGCCCUCGCGGCGCACCCGGGGCCUUUCCGCUGCGUCCACCUCACCUGCAGCACCAUGGACGAGCAUCGAGGCGAGAUGGCGCGCUGGCUCUAGACUAGGCAGCACAUUAUACAUCAACAGACUCGACACCCUCAUCGCCAAAGGGGUCCAAGAACUCGUAUUUGGCAACCGCCCUUGGCCGAUUGACCUGCGCCUCCCGGCCACGCUCUUCAGCUGCGCCUCCCUCACCCGCCUCUGCCUUGGCGUCUUUAGGCUCCCAGACACCGCCGCCGUGCCACGUGGCGCCAGAUUCCCCAACCUCCGGGAGCUCAUCCUCUGCUUGAAUACCAUGGAAGAGCGCGAUCUCACCUUCUUGCUUGAAAGAAGUCCCGUCCUGGGGUUCCUCUUCAUCAUGGGAAACCAGGCCGGCGGAGUGCGCCUCCGCCUUCAGCCACAGCCUGCAGUGCUUUCUCUGUCCUUGGUUGCAUUGCAGGCUGGGAGCAAGGAGAUCAUUGUCCCUAGUGUCCAGAUUUUGGCGAUAGAGGUGCAGUUCGGUGUCCGAAAUGUUGUCAAGAAAGUUCCUGGCUUUCUCAGAUGCUUCCCUAAGGUGGAGACGCUCCAUGUCCAGUCCCGCCGCAUAUGUGAAGAGUCCACUGGCAAGGUCAAUCUCAGGUUCUGGCAGGAAGGCGGUCCCAUCAAAUGCAUCAUGGAGAGCAUGAAGAAGGUGUUCUUUUACGAGUUCAGAGGGACGAGAAGCGAGGUUACUUUCCUCAAGUUUGUCGCGGAGAGAGCUCGGGUGCUGGAGCAGAUGGUGGUUGUGGUGACCAGGGAAUGUUUCUCCUCGGGGGAUGAUAAUGUGAGCGCCAAGCUCAAGCCUCUGAUCAGCGCAAAAUGUAACAACAAAGGUUGCAAACUAGAACUCUUCAAGAGUUCGCUCGAUGACGGGGGAACUAGAGUUUACAGCCACAAGCUAGCUUCUGAUUUUCAGUUUGCAGACCCUUUUGACCUCAAGUACUACCACACAGAACAAAGGAUCUUUGCGAGUUAA